AUGUCCAAAGCGCCAGAUUGCCCCGCAAGGACCCGCUCCAGAUCAAAGUCCCGGUCCAGAUCUAGGUCUUGCACGCGGUCUCGCUCCAGAAGCCGCUCCCGCUCCAGAUCCAGGAAGCACCGAUACAGGUGAACUUUAUUACUACUUCCUUCCUCUACUAUAUGGAGCCUUGUCAGCAAGCCUAGCUUUCCAUUGAUUACUAGGACAUGUACUUCCCAUAAAUGCCUACCAUGGGAAUGUGCCUGUUAUUGAGACUUGUUUUAAUGUUGCUACACGUAGGAUUAUUUUUGCAUUGUAAUUUCAGAAUGUCCAUAAUAUAUCUGGUUCUAAUAGUGCAAUGAUUAGUUUCACAGUAUUAAUUACCCACCAGUGAUGUGAUUUGGCUGUGAUAUUCGCCUAUUGAUUUCUCCCGCCUGAGCGGCAUCUGUUGUCAAACUGGGAAAGCUGUUCUGACUUUGUGGCUGUGUGAUCUAGUGGAAAGCUUAAGUGGCUAUUUGCAACUCUGCCUAGGUCAGCAUCCCGGAGUCGCCUCUUCACUGUUGAAGUUGAGACUGGUGUUUUGCAGGGUACUAUUUAAUGAAGCUGCUAGUUGAGGACCUGUGAGGCGUCUGUUUCUCAAACUAGACACGAAUGUAUUUGUCCUCUUGCUCAGUUGUGCACCGGGGCCUCCCACUCCUCUUUCUAUUCUGGUUAGAGCCAGUUUGCGCUGUUCUGUGAAGGGAGUAGUACACAGCGUUGUACGAGAUCUUCAGUUUCUUGGCAAUUUCUCGCAUGGAAUAGCCUUAAUUUCUCAGAACAAGAAUAGACUGACGAGUUUCAGAAGAAAGCUAUUUGUUUCUGGCCAUUUUGAUCCUGUAAUCGAACCCACAAUUGCUGAUGCUCCAGAUACUCAACUAGUCUCAGGAAGGCCAGUUUUUAUUGCUUCUUUAAUCAGCACAACAGUUUUCAGCUGUGCUAACAUAAUUGCAAAAGGGUUUUCUAAUGCUCAAUUAGCCUUUUUUAAAUGAUAAACUUGGAUUAGCAGACACAAUGUGCCAUUGGAACACAGGACUGAUGGUUGCUGAUAAUGGGCCUCUGUACGCCUAUGUAGAUAUUCUAUUAAAAAAUCAGCCGUUUCCAGCUACAAUAGCCAUUUACAACAUUAACAAUGUCUACACUGUAUUUCUGAUCAAUUUGCUGUUAUUUUAAUGGACAAUUUUGUUUGCUUUUCUUUCGAAAACAAUAAGUUCUAAGUGACCCCAAACUUUUGAAUGGUAGUGUGUGAUAUAUAUACAUACAUACAUACUUUCUUCCCCUCACUGUAUGUAUGUAUGUAUUUGAUCCCCUGCUGAUUUUGUACGUUUGCCCACUGACAAAGACAUGAUCAGUCUAUAAUUUUAAUGGUAGGUUUAUUUGAACAGUGAGAGACAGAAUAACAACAACAAAAUCGAGAAAAAUGCAUGUCAAAAAUAUUAUAAAUUGAUUUGCUUUUUAAUGAGGGAAAUAAGUAUUUGACCCCUCUGCAAAACAUGACCUAGUACUUGGUGGCAAAACCCUUGUUGGCAAUCACAGAGGUCAGACGUUUCUUGUAGUUGGCCACCAGGUUUGCACACAUCUCAGGAGGGAUUUUGUCCCACUCCUCUUUGCAUUAAGGUUUCGAGGCUGACGUUUGGCAACUCGAACCUUCAGCUCCCUCCACAGAUUUUCUAUGGGAUUAAGGUCUGGAGACUGGCUAGGCCACUCCAGGACCUUAAUGUGCUUCUUCUUGAGCCACUCCUUUGUUGCCUUGGCCGUGUGUUUUGGGUCAUUGUCAUGCUGGAAUACCCAUCCACGACCCAUUUUCAAUGCCCUGGCUGAGGGAAGGAGGUUCUCACCCAAGAUUUGACGGUACAUGGCCCCGUCCAUCGUCCCUUUGAUGCGGUGAAAUUGUCCUGUCCCCUUAGCAGAAAAACACCCCCAAAGCAUAAUGUUUCCACCUCCAUGUUUGACGGUGGGGGAUGGUGUUCUUGGGGUCAUAGGCAGCAUUCCUCCUCCAAACACGGCGAGUUGAGUUGAUGCCAAAGAGCUCGAUUUUGGUCUCAUCUGACCACAACACUUUCACCCAGUUCUCCUCUGAAUCAUUCAGAUGUUCAUUGGCAAACUUCAGACGGGCCUGUAUAUGUGCUUUCUUGAGCAGGGGGGACCUUGCGGGCGCUGCAGGAUUUCAGUCCUUCACGGCGUAGUGUGUUACCAAUUGUUUUCUUGGUGACUAUGGUCCCAGCUGCCUUGAGAUCAUUGACAAGAUCUGGUCUGAUUCCUCACCGUUCUCAUGAUCAUUGCAACUCCACGAGGUGAGAUCUUGCAUGGUGCCCCAGGCCGAGGGAGAUUGACAGUUCUUUUGUUUCUUCCAUUUGCGAAUAAUCGCUUCAACUGUUGUCACCUUCUCACCAAGCUGCUUGGUGAUGGUCUUGUAGCCCAUUCCAGCCUUGUGUAGGUCUACAAUCUUGUCCCUGACAUCCUUGGAGAGCUCUUUGGUCUUGGCCAUGGUGGAGAGUUUGGAAUCUGAUUGCUUCUGUGGACAGGUGUCUUUUAUACAGGUAACAAGCUGAGAUUAGGAGCACUCCCUUUAAGAGUGUGCCUCUAAUCUCAGCUCGUUACCUGUAUAAAAGACACCUGGGAGCCAGAAAUCUUUCUGAUUGAGAGGGGGUCAAAUACUUAUUUACCUCAUUAAAAUGCAAAUCAAUUUAUAACAUUUUUGACAUGCGUUUUUCUGGAUUUGUUUUGUUGUUAUUCUGUCUCUCACUGUUCAAACCUACCAUUAAAAUUAUAGACUGAUCAUGUCUUUGUCAGUGGGCAAACGUACAAAAUCAGCAGGGGAUCAAAAACAUCCGACAUCAACUGUACAUAACAUGCAGUCAUCGACCCAUCAGUUUUAUUAAUUAUUGAAUCAUCCUUUUGUUCCAAAGGAAUACUUAAAUCAUUUUAAUUUGAGUUCUUUCCCCUGGAGAGAAGGGUUGUCAGACAGCAUUCAGCACUUUGUGCUCUGCGUUCGUCUGUAAUGACUUUCAUGAGGAAUUAUGGGCAAAGUGUUAGUUACAUCUCAGCUUAGUUAUAUUUAUAUGACUGAGUUAAGUUUUUAUUUUAUUUAAUAUUGAUAUUAAGUAGGCUAUUGUUAAAGUUUGAUUCCCCUCUGACGUACAGAUGCUUGAAAACAGGACGCUCGGGACCUCUCUUUCUUUCAGUGAAAUGGUCAGCAAUGCGUAAGACAAGUGACAUACAUAAUCAAUGACUUGCCCAAAAGGAAAGUAAUGGCUGGAAGAGCUUGUCAGAAGAAAAGGAGGGGAGCCCUAGCCAGGCCAAACCCCCUCUUCCCACUCCCCCCUCCUACAAGGAUUAAAAUGUAAAAAUGCUUUCCCAUUUUGGCCCAAUGCGUAUCGCCUCUUCCCACUGCUCCAGUCCUUCCACACACACACACACACACACACUCUCCAGACAAAGGGAGUCCCCUCACUGUGAGUAUGCUAUGUAGAGCACAGCUCGGAACACCACCUCCAGACUAUUCCAAUGAAAAAGGGCAAGCGGUAAGUUAUGGGGGAUUUUUUUAUUAGAGGUUUGCUUGAUGGAUUUGGCUGUUUUGGAAGUUUUCCCCCACUGCGGUACAUGGGUAGAAACCAAUAUCCUGUUUGCUUGCUGCCUGUGUUGUCGUUUUUGGGUUUUAUUGUAAGUCCCCAAUUUGCAAUUGUCCUUCUAAAAUGUGCCUGCUACUUUGCGUUUUCCUGGAUUUGUAGGAGUAGUGUGUAAGGACGGUACUUUCACUGUUAGUAGCAGCAAUAGUAGUACAACGCUAUGGGUGUUUCUGCUACACAUUUAUUUGUACAUUAUUUCCAUGGAUUUAGGGACAGAUGAUGUUAGAAUAAUCUCUGUGUGUAACAGGUAAUAGUCUUCAUGUCUAAAACCUAAAGUCCCCAGCAUUUUAACCAAAUACACUGGCUACGUCUUCAUUUGUUGGUUGAGAAUGACCGAGGGUAAGCAGGAUAAACAUGUUUUAUUCCAUAUAAUGCUAGAUUGGGGAUUUCUCCUGCUCUGUCCAUCAUGUUACUCAAAGGGCACCUUGAAGUGAAGUUGUUUGAAUGUUGAGUGUCUUCAGAGAACAAGGGCAGGAGGAGGAUCCUGGUUGGGUUUUAAUAGGCGCUAGUGUGUGGUUUAGGAGCUCCUCCAAGUGGACAGAAUACUCUAAUGCAGUCCUUGAGUCCCAUCCGCUGGGACCACUGCCAGUUAACGUACACAUCGGUUUGUUAUUUAGCCUGACAGUCUUUUCUCUCUGAGUGAAUUAGGGUUCUGUCUGAGUGAAUUAGGGUUCUGUCUGAGUGAAUUGUCUGGGUAAUGAAAAAGGCACACCUGAGUUGGCGAGGUGCAGGCUGGCGGAACAAAAACAUAUCUUCUUUUACUCUCUGAGUGUAUUCUCCUACUCAAUCCAACUAAACCAGACUGGAUUUUCUCAAGAUGUACAUAUGUUUACUGUUUUCAUAAUGUUUAGGCGACCUUCUGAAAAGUGUACCAACAUUGGACUUGUUACACAGUAUCUUCAACAUACUUCUCUCUCCUAGUUCUAGGUCGCGUUCCCGCUCCAGAUCUCACUCUCCGUCCCACGGCAGGAACUAUCCCACCAGAGACUACCAGAACAACCGGGGUUACCAGAGGGGCUACAACCGUGGCUUCCGCAGACCCUUUUACUUCCGCGGUAGAACCCGGGGCUUCUACCCUCGCCAUGGUUACCAGAGAGGUGGGAACAGCUACGGCUACAGAGCCAACAACUGGCAGGGGGGUGGCUACCGGGAUGAGCCUCCCCACGACCAGGACCACCACGGUCCUCACAGCCCCAGGAGAGGGAGGUCUCGGUCCCGCACACCCCGGAAACGCUCCGACAGCCGCAACCACUCCCGGUCUCGAUACUCCGACCGUUCAUCCUCCAGGGGUUCCCGACAGUCCCGGCGGCGCCACAGCUCCUCUUCCCGCUCCUCGUCCCCGCGGCGUCGUCGCAGCAGCCCCAGCUCCGGGAAGCCUGGCUCUAAAGACGUACAGGCCAGGACUAUGCCAGCAGAGGCCAAGGAGGAGAGGGGGGAGGUUGGGGAGCAGGCAGGAGGACCAGGGGCAGAGGGCAGCAGCCAUGAUAAGGCCUCUGCUGGGAAAUGGCAGGGUCUGAGUGACUAUAACACCAGCCCCAAACGCAGCAGUCCGGCUGUUGGUGCCAAACAGGGGAAGUCGGACCCCAAAGGGUCGUUGUGUAGAACCAUGGGCAGCACUGGCAGUGUUACCUCUACCAAGAGCCCGCCAGGCCCCACCAAGGCCGGGCCGACCACCUCCGCCAGCGGGUUUGGCUUCUUUGGCAAGGAGGAUCCCACCAGGGCAGAUAACACUGCUAUUUCCUCUGCUUUCAAAAAGUAUGUUCCCCUUCUUUCAUCGUGUUUUUUAUAUUUCUUCCCAGUAUGUGAUUGUAAUUACUUUAAGCUUGUUCAGUCUGUGCACAGCUACAAAGAUCCUUGGUAGAAUAUAUUUACAAAAUGGAUGCCAUUGGCACUCUUCUCAAUUUAAAAUGCAUAUAACAAAAUUGGAAAAGUCACUGGCUGUUGUCCUCUGCAUUUUUUUAAUUCAACCCUUAUUUUACCAGGUUAGUUGACUGAGAACACAUUCUCAUUUACAGCAUCGACCUGGGGAAUAGUUACAGGGUAGAGGAUCGGGGAUGAAUGAGUCAAUUGGAAACUGGGGAUGAUUAGGUGGCCAUGAUGGUAUCAAAUUGUAUUUGCCACAUGUGCCGAAUACAACACGUGUAGACCUUACAGUGAAAUGCUUACGACAAGCCCUUAACCAACAAUGCAGUUUUAAUAAAAAUAAUAAUAAUGAAAGAGCAGCAGUAAAAUAACAGUAGGGAGGCUAUGUGCACAGAGUCAAUGUGCGGGGGCACAGGUUAGUUGAGGUAAUACGUACAUGUUAAAGUGGCAUGAGGGCCAGAUUGGGAAUUUAGCCAGGACACGGGGGUUAACACUCUUACAAUAAGUGGCAUGGGAUCUUUAGUGACCACAGAGAGUCAGGACACCCGUUUUAACGUUCCAUCUGAAAGACGGUACCCAAUCACUGCCCUGGGGAAGCAUUGGAAUCUUUUUUUUUGGGGGGGGGGGGGGGCAGAGGAAAGAGUGCCUCCUACUUCCAGCAGCAUCUGGUCUCCCAUCCAGGGACCGACCAGGACCCGCCCUGCUUAGCUUCAGAGGCAAGCCAGCAGUGGGAUGCAGGGUGCUAUGCUGCUGGGUGUUGUAUGAAAUUAAGGUUGUAUGAAAUCUCCCUAAUUUUAAGAGGUGAUGGUUAAGGAAGUAUAAUUAUUACAAUAGGUGUCCUGGUCAGUCUAUUCUAAGUGUUCAGUGUCUGUCUCUGAUAUUGUCAGUCUUCUAUGGUUGUGUAGUCUUUCUUCUGUUUCACUAGAUCAUCUAACAUUCUACCACGUGAUUAAAUGUCUUUCAUUUUAAUAUCAGCGCCCUGUUAGAAAAUGGAUUCUGUAACGGUAAUAGAUUUGAAUCAACAUUCUCCUUUGUAUAACACAUUGUAAAAGCUCCCUCACGACGCCAGGACAGCGGAGUCACUCACCACCUUCCGGAGACACUUGAAACCCCACCUCUUUAAGGAAUACCUGGGAUAGGAUAAAGUAAUCCUUCUACCCCCCCUUACCCCACCCCAAAUUUUUUUUUAAAAUAACAUAUUGUAAAGUGGUUAUCCCACUGGCUAUAAGGUGAAUGCACCAAUUUGUAAGUCGCUCUGGAUAAGAGCAUCUUCUAAAUGACGUAAAUGUAAAUGUCCAUUUGCUUCUCUGUCUGAUUGGCCAGGUUCUUGGCAGAAAACAAGAGCAAAAAGCAGCAGCAGGCGGCAGAGUGGGCGAAUGGCCAGGACGGAGACAGCAGAGAGAAAGGGAACAACCUCUUCAACAUAACAUCCGCCUCCUUCAGCGCCAAGGCCGAUAAGUCCCUGCCCUUCCUAGACCGAGCCGAAGAGGCAUUCCUCAAGUCUCAGGCUGCUGAGAGAGAGCGGGAGGAGGAGGCCAAGCCCGAAGGAGCCACCCUGACGACACGGGACGUGUUUGGGAAGUGGGAAGACCAGCCCCAUUACUACCCCCCGGGGAAGGACGAGGAGAGACUGAGAGACACGGCCGACGACGCGGAGGAAGACCUGGAGCUCAUGGAGGAGGAGCUCUACCGCAGCCGCAAGCAGACCUCCAAGAAAGAAGAGAAGAAGAAGAAGAAGGAAAAGAGAAGUAAGCAGUUUCCAUCUCCCGUCACCGCAGCAGUGCCCCCUGGGGUUUCAGGCAGCGGGGAGAAGGACAGGCCCCUGGCCCUGUUCCCCGUCACUAGGUUGGAGUCACCCCUACCCAGGCCCUCUGGGAAGAGGGAUGGCCUGGAGCUCAGUAUCAACACCUCUGAUGAAAUGCCCAGGUAACCAUCACCAAUGGUGUCCAUCAGCAGAUCUCUUGGAGGGUUAAUAGUUUCUGAAACGGUCCUAAUUCUGAACACUGCGUUGAGUUUUGGAUAUGCUUGAGGGGUUAAAAUUUUUAUGGAACUAGGUCACGGUCUUGAACACAACAGUUUUGUAUCAGCUUGUCUUCCUCUUCUCAGCUCCUCCGGAGGUCUGACCAAGGAGCGUGGCAUGUCCAGGGAUCUGGCGCAUCCCACUAAGAAAGAUCACGGACAGUUCCGCUCCAUCUUCCAACACAUAGAGGCUGCUCAGCUCCGACGCAGCCCCUCCGAGCUGUUUGCGCAGCAUAUUGUCACCAUUGUGCACUACAUCAAAGGUAAGGGCUGUUACGGUGACCGUAUUACCGCCACGCCGGCGGUCACGAGUCAUGACGGCAGUCAAAUUCCACAUGACCGUUUAGUCAUGGUAAUUAGGCUUCUCCAAGCUCUGAUGCUGCUGGUGGUCAUUAGUAGCCUACCAAACUUGCUAACUGCCUGGUACUCAGCUCUCUGCUGUCCCUCUAAUCACUCUGACGUCAAUGCAAGUGUUAUAAAAUCAAAUCAAACACUUCAUGAGAGCCCAUGAGCUCAUGUUGCACAACAUUUGUAUAGAUUAUGCAAUUGCGUGAGAAAACAGUUGAUGGCCUCUAUUAAAAAGAGGAGGAUCCCAUCAGCUUUCUAUAGGCUAGGCCUACUAUAUUUAUUUCUCAGCUUUCCUAAUAUUCAGCACAUGGCCUAUCUUUACAGUAGUAUAGCCUACCUGGCUGGCAUGAAAAUGAACCAUGGGAAAAGCACCCUCCAUUCGCUAUUAAAGCGCUUAGAUGACAUGUAUUUUUUUCCCCCUGCCCCUGUUUUUCGAGACAGGUGCAUGAUAAUGGUCCAUUCUAAAUAAAAACUGAUUUCACACAUAUAUUAACGCCAAGGUAGUGGGUUCGAUCCCCGGGACCACCCAUACACAAAAAUGUAUGCAUGCAUGACUAAGUCGCUUUGGAUAAAAGCGUCUGCUAAAUGGCAUAUUAUAUUAUAUUUUAGUAUACUGUAUGUAAAGACAAGAUUAUAUCAAGAACAGUCUGAUGGGUGACUACUAGCCUAUCACUUGUGAAUGAUAUAUUAUCACUUGUGAAUGAUGUAUUAUCACUUGUGAAUGAUGUAUUAUCUCGUGUGAAUGAUGCCCAGUGUGUGCUCUAAGGCAAGAAACAGCGCAUGCCUUUUUUUGCGACUUUACAUUUACAUUUUACAUUUUAGUCAUUUAGCAGACGCUCUUAUCCAGAGCGAUUUACAGGAGCAAUUAGGGUUAAGUGCCUUGCUCAAGGGCACAUACUUUCAAAUCAUAGUCGCACACCUCAUGUAGCCUAGCCCAUAGGCCUAUAUGUUUUGAUAAGGUUUGUAUCACAACUAAAGUGUCCAAAUAACUUCUUAAAAUGAAGCACAUUAAUCCGCUUUACAACCGGUGUAGAGCCUAACUGGCAUACAUAGGCGGCGCGUGAGUUUCAAGUUUGGGGAAGAUAAUUUUCACCAGAAAAAUUAACCUUUAUAAUAAAAGCAUUACAUGCAUCAUCGCAUUUGCGGUCACUUUUGAGAAUGGGGUUUUCCCGCUAAUUGAUUGCAUUUUGGAACAUUCGCGCUUAUAGCCUACUGCCGUGUGCGCAUUGCUGCGCUUACAAUGUGAAAAAAUAGCCUAAUAAUUUAUCAACAUUUUAAAGCUGAACGUUCUGAUCUGUUGCGUUAGCCUCAUUGCUUAAAAAUGGUUUUGGGAUGUCCAUAAUGACAAAGUUGAAGACGUGUUUUUAGAAAUGUUAGCAAAUGUAUUUAACAUUUUAAAUACAUAAAAUAUCUCAUUUGCAUAAGUAUUCAUACCCCUGAGUCAAUACUUUGUAGAAGCACCUUAGUUCUGUCAUUGGGUUGUUGGUCACCUCCCUGACCAAGGUCCUUCUUGCCCGGUUGCUCAGUUAGGUUGGGCAGUCUGGGCAGUUCCAUAUAUUUUUUUGUUCAGUUUCCCCAAUGAUGGAGACCACUGUGCUCUUGGAAACGUUCAACACUCCAGAAAUAGUUUUUCUAGUCUAUCUCGUAGGUCUACGGACAGUUCCUUGGACUUCAUGGUGUCGUUUCAGCUCCGACGUGUCAACUGUGGGGGCUAUUAUAGAUGGAUGGAUGGAUGUUUCUUUCUAAAUCACGUCCAAACAAUUGAACUAGCUGCAGGUGGACUCCAAUCAAGUUGAAGCGACGUCUCAAGGAUGAUCAAAGAAAAUCGGGAUACACCUGAGCUCAAUUUGGAGUGUCAUUGCAAAGGGGUUUGAAUACUUAUGUAAAUGAGAUGUAUGUAUUUCAUUUUCAACAAAUUUGCAAAAAUGUCUGAACAUGUUUUCACUGUCAUUAUGAGGUGUUGUGUUUUUAGAUGGGUGAGAGAGAGAACCUCUAUUUUAAUCAAUUUAGAAUUCAGGCUGCAACACAACAAAAUGUGGACUAAGUCAAUGGGUAUGAAUACUUUCUGAAGGCACUAUAUGUAAAUAUUGUCUGUAUUAGAGGUGUCCAUUAAGACGGGCUGUAUAUAAAUAUUGUAUCUGUCCUCCAGCACAACACUUCCAAUCUUCAGGCAUGACUUUAAGUGAGCGAUUUGCCAUGUACCAAAGAAAAGCCGCUGAGAUGGAAUUGAUUAAACAAAGGAAGAGUCCAGAAAUCCACAGGUAAGUCAUUCUCAACCAACAUUGUGGAAAAUACAGAUAACUGCCAGAAGAAAGGAAACGCUUGAGUAAAUGAGGGAUGCAAAAGUAUAUUGAAAGCAGGUGCUUCCACACAGGUGUGGCUCCUGAGUUAAUUAAGCAAUUAACAUCCCAUCAUGCUUAGGGUCAUGUAUAAAAAUGCUGGGCAGGCCAUUAUUUGCCCAUUUUAUUAAUGGCUAUGCCUUCAUAGGAUGACAAUGCCCCCAUCCACAGGGCACGAGUGGUCACUGAAUGUUUUCAUGAGCAUGUAAAUUAUUUGAAGAAUAUGCCAUAGCUGUCUCAGUCACCAGAUCUCAACCCAAUUGAACACUUAUGGGAGAUUCUGGAGCGGCGCCUGAAACGGUGUUUGCCACUACCAUCACCAAAACACCAAAUGAUGGAAUUUAUCUUGGAAGAAUCUUGGAAUCCCUCCCAAUAGAGUUCCAGACACUUGUGGAAUCUAUUCCAAGGUGCAUUGAAGCUGUUCUGGAAGCUCGUGGUGACCCAACGCUGUUCUGGAAGCUCGUGGUGACCCAACGCUCUAUUGACACUUUUUAUGUUGGUGUUUCCUUUAUUUUGGAAGUUACCUAUAGGUCUGCCUUUUUGACUGACAUAAGAUUUAUGUAACACGAAUCAAGCAUUCCAUGUGGCUAUGCAUUAUAAAGUUGUGUGUUGACGUUACCGUUCAUAUUUAUGGUAUUUGAGAAAUAUUUAACAUUUUCUUUUGAGACCGUUGUGCGAUAAGUACACGCUUCAGUGUAGCUGUAUCCAACUGUCCUUUGUUUUGCGUCCCCCCCCUCCAGGAGAAUCGAUGUCUCCCCCAGUGCGUUUAAGAGACACUCUCACCUGCUGGAAGAGCUGGAGGACUGCAGCUACAAGGUGAACAGCCUUUUUGGCAUUUGAAGUAAAAACAUUGAAGGGAAUUGAGACGGUCCAAAGCAACAGUGUUGAGCUUGUGCUUUUCUUUUAAAGGAGAUGCAUAAAUCUAAAUCAAAAGAGCCCAAUUGUGUAUUGUAAUGCCAAGCGAGCCCCCCAGCCUAAGAGAUCAUAUGGUUAUUGAGCUGUUAUGUACGUACGUACGUACGUACGUACCCAAGCAAAGGCUAACAGGAAGUGACUUAAGAUGCUGUGUCCGAGCCUCUCAAGGGACCCUAAGCAAUGCCAUUGUAAGUAUUUUUCUUUUAAACAAACAAGCAAAAUGUAUUCAAGUUCAGUACAAAUGAUUUUGUUUUGAAAAUCCAUGUUAAAAGCUGCUGUUUACUAUGAGUGUGUAGAUGUCUGUCUGUAAAUGUGUGUUUGUCACUUGGCCAAAUUACUAAUUGAAUAGAAGAUUAAUUUAGUCUACAUUAACAUACGUGAGAUUUGAUUUGUUUACUUCAGAACAUACGUACAAAAUACUUUGAUAUAGAACACAAGUUAUUUGAAAGAAAAGCUGUAAGCAUCAAGUCGUCCUUAGAUCUCCGGAGGGAUGCAUUGUGUGUCAUCACCAGCAGAUCUAAAACUGUUUAACAAGUUCUGGCUUUUACUGACUUUUUAAAACUUUUUUUUUGUAUUUCUUAUGUAUUGAAAAGACCUCAUUACUUCAUUAUAUUUUGUCAAUUUGUAAAGUGGUAGGAUGGUAAGUUAGAAGUUGUGGUAUCCAAAGCGAAAGCGCCCACUAACAUAGACAGCACUUCCUAUAUCUCUACAGGAUCAGGGUAGAACGGCUAAAGGUGACCCAAUGGACCUGCGUCUGGAUAUAGAGCGCCGUAAAAGGUUUUCUGGGAAGGAGCCUGGGCUGCACCAAUGGGACGGGGGCAAGGGCUCCGGAGGCUCCCAGGGACCCAGCCAAGAGAGGUCAUCAGAGAAAUCUUCCAAACACCGCAAGAAAUCAAAGUAGGCUUAUUAUAUCUUAAUGUGAAAUCACCUCCCCAUAGUCGUUUCCCAUUUGUCGUACGUCAGACAGCACAAUGAGCCGGUAGCGUUAGAAUGAAACCGUCUGCCUGAAGACAAUGUUUCAUCCCUAAAUUGUAUCUUUCAUUUAAAAUUGAGUGAUACAAACUAUAUGUAUGACAUUUUCACCCUUGAUUAUUUCCUGUUUUGCAGUCCAACUAUAGAGGCAGUCAAAACGGAGACUGAUUGCUCUUUUACCCCUCUCACUCCCAGAAAAACCAAGAAGAAUCGUGAUCGCUCUCCGUCCUCCUCCUCCUCCUCUUCCUCCUCUCCCUCUCCUUUCAGAGGGUUCAGAGGUAAAGACCACACGAUGGAGCAUACGGACCAAGGCUAUAGUAAGCCUCGCAUCGGGCCCCGGGACUACGGAGGCCCCAUAGAUAGGGGUCCCCCCCGGGAUUAUGAGGGCCACAUCGAUAGGGGUCCCCCCCGGGAUUAUGAGGGCCACAUCGAUAGGGGUCCCCCCCGGGAUUAUGAGGGCCACGUGGAUAGGGGCCGAGGACGUGGAAGUGGUGGAGGAUUUGUAAGUUCUGUUCUCUGUGUGGCGUAGCCUAACGUAACUUUAUAAACUAGACUGGCACAACUGGAAUGAUGUGAUUGAUUGUCUUGUAAUAUACAUCCGUGACAUUCAGAAACAGAACACUACCACAAUAGGCCUGAAUCCUCUUCUCUCCACAGCCAACUGAGAGCCCCUAGUGUUCUCUCGUUCCCUCUCUCUCCUUCUCUCUUUUUCCCUCCUGGUCUCUCGCUCUCUCUAUCCUUCUCUCUAUCCCUCACUCUUUCCCUCCCUCUCUUUUUCUCUCUCCCAUACCCUCUCUUUCCCUCUCUCUCAUACCCUCUCUUUCCCUCCCUCUCUCUCUCCGAUGUCUUUGAUCUUUAUCUCUAGGAUCAGCUUCCCCUCCCCCAAUCCUAACCUUAACUGUUAGUGGGGAAAUGCAAAACUGACCCAGGAUCAGCAUCUAGGGGCAACUUCACUCUACAUCCCCAUUCUGACCCAGUUUAUUGUUGUUGUUGUGGUUUCAGCUCCCCAGAGUCAGAGGAGGAAGGGGCUGGAACAGGGGCAAUUACCAAGGAAACAGCAGCAAUGGCAACCCUCCUCCUCCUAAUAUGAACACCGCCCCCCCAGAGCGCCCCCCAGAUGAGGAGUGGGACCCAGAGUACACCCCCAAGAGUAGGAAAUACUACUUUGUGAGUUUCACCAUCUGCUCUUUUAGCACAUACAGUGCAUUCAGAAAGUAUUCAGACCUCUUGACUUUUUCCACAUUUUGUUACGUUACAGCCUUAUUCUAAAAUGGAUUAAAUUGUUGUUUUUUUCUCUUCAAGGAGAUGGAGCAUAUGGACACAAUACCCCAUAAUGACUAAGCAAAAACUGUUAUACAUUUUUUUUUUUAAUUGCAAAUGUAUAUAUAGAAACCCCCUGGAAAUAUUACAUUUACAUAAGUAUUCAGACCCUUUACUCAGUACUUUGUUGAAGCACCUUUGGCAGAAAUUACAGCCUCGAGUCUUCUUGGGUAUCACGCUACAAGCUUGGCACACCUGUAUUUGGGGAGUUUCUCCCAUUUCUUCUUUGCAGAUCCAGAUCCAGAUCCAAGCUCUGUCAGGUUGGAUGGGGAGCGUCGCUGCACAGCUAUUUUCAGGUCUUUCAAGUCCGGGCUCUGGCUGGGCCCCUCAAGGACAUUCAGAGACUUGUCCCGAAGCCACUCCUGCAUUGUCUUGGCUGUCUGCUUAGGGUCAUUGUCCUGUUGGAAGGUGCGCAGGUUUUCAUCAAGGAUCUUUCUGUACUUUGCUCCGUUCAUCUUUGCCUUCAUCCUGACUAGUCUCCCAGUCCCUGCCUGCCGCUGAAAAACAUCCCCACAGUAUGAUGCUGCCACCACCAUGCUUCACCGUAGGGAUGGUGCUAGGUUUCCUUCAGAUGUGACGUUUGGCAUUCAGGCCAAAAAGUUCAAUCUUGGUUUCAUCAGACCAGAGAAUCUGGUCUUUAGGUGCCUUUUGGCAAACUCCAAGUGGGCUGUCAUGUGCCUUUUACUGAGGAGUGGCUUCCGUCUGGCCACUCUAUCAUCAAGGCCUGAUUGGUGGAGUGCUGCAGAGAUUGUUGUCCUUCUGGAAGGGGUCUCCCAUCUCAGAGGAACUCUUGAGCUCUGUCAGAGUGAUCAUCGGGUUCUUGGUCACCUCCCUGACCAAGGCCCUUCUCCCCCGAUUGCUCAGUUUGGCCGGGCGGCCAGCUCUAGGAAGAGUCUUGGUGGUUCCAAACUUCUUCCAUUUAAGAAUGAUUGAGGCCACCAUGUUCUUGGGGACCUUCAAUACUGAAUACAUUUUUUGGUACCUUUCAUCAGAUCUGUGCCUUGACACAAUCCUUUCUCGGUGUGCUACGGACAAUUCCUUCGACCUCAUGGCUUCUGCUCUGACAUGCACUGUCAACUGUGGGACCUUAUAUAGACAGGUGUGUGCCUUUCCAAAUCAUCUCCAAUCAAUUGAAUUUACCACAGGUGGACUCCAAUCAAGUUGUAGAAACAUCUCAAGGAUGAUCAAUGGAAACAGGAUGCACCUGAGCUCAAUUUCGAGUCUCAUAGCAAAGGGUCUGAAUACUUAUGUAAAUAAGGUAUUUCUGUUUAUUUUUAAAACGUACAAAAAUUUUUUAAAACAAACAUUUGUUGCUUUGUCAUUAAUGGGGUAUUGUGUGUAGAUUUGCUGAGGGAAAUGUUUUAUUUAAUCCAUUUUAGUAUAAGGCUGUAACGUAACAAAAUGUGGAAAAAGUCAAGGGGUCUGAAUACUUUCCGAAGGCACUGGAAAUUAUUGCUUUGUCCUAAAUGGCACCUUUUUGCCUUUAUAGUACACUACUUUUGACCAGAGAUGAUCUUGAUUUGAAUAUGGAAACCUGGUCUUAAUUGUGUUUCAGUAUUGUGAUAGUUGAUAAUCUUCGCUCUUAGUGACAUUUUAAUAGAACAUGGAAACAGUACCAGUCAAAAGUUUGGACACACCUACUCAUUACUCAGGGUUUUUCUUUAUUUUUUACUAUUUUCUACAUUGUAGAAUAAUAGUGAAGACAUCAAAACUAUGAAAGAACACAUAUGGAAUCAUGUAGUAACCAAAAAAGUGUUAAACAAAUACAAAUAUACACUGCUCAAAAAAAUAAAGGGAACACUAAAAUAUCACAUCCUAGAUCUGAAUCAAUGAAAUAAUCUUAUUAAAUACUUUUUUCUUUACAUAGUUGAAUGUGCUGACAACAAAAUCACACACAAAUUAUCAAUGGAAAUCAAAUGUAUCAACCCAUGGAGGUCUGGAUUUGGAGUCACACUCAAAAUUAAAGUGGAAAACCACACUACAGGCUGAUCCAACUUUGAUGUAAUGUCCUUAAAACAAGUCAAAAUGAGGCUCAGUAGUGUGUGUGGCCUCCACGUGCCUGUAUGACCUCCUUAUAACGCCUGGGCAUGCUCCUGAUGAGAUGGCGGAUGGUCUCCUGAGGGAUCUCCUCCCAGACCUGGACUAAAGCAUCCGCAGACUCCUGGACAGUCUGUGGUGCAACGUGGCGUUGGUGGAUGGAGCGAGACAUGAUGUCCCAGAUGUGCUCAAUUGGAUUCAGGUCUGGGGAACGGGCGGGCCAGUCCAUAGCAUCAAUGCCUUCCUCUUGCAGGAACUGCUGACACACUCCAGCCACAUGAGGUCCAGCAUUGUCUUGCAUUAGGAGGAAGCCAGGGCCAACCGCACCAGCAUAUGGUCUCACAAGGGGUCUGAGGAUCUCAUCUCGGUACCUAAUGGCAGUCAGGCUACCUCUGGCGAGCACAUGGAGGGCUGUGCGGCCCCCCCAAAGAAAUGCCACCCCACACCAUGACUGACCCACCGCCAAACCGGUCAUGCUGGAGGAUGUUGCAGGCAGCAGAACGUUCUCCACGGCGUCUCCAGACUCUGUCAUGUCUGUCACAUGUGCUCAGUGUGAACCUGCUUUCAUUUGUGAAGAGCACAGGGCGCCAGUGGCAAAUUUGCCAAUCUUGGUGUUCUCUGGCAAAUGCCAAACGUCCUGCACGGUGUUGGGCUGUAAGCACAACCCCCACCUGUGGAUGUCGGGCACUCAUACCACCCUCAUGGAGUCUGUUUCUGACUGUUUGAGCAGACACAUGCACAUUUGUGGCCUGCUGAAGGUCAUUUUGCAGGGCUCUGGCAGUGCUCCUCCUGCUCCUCCUUGCACAAAGGCGGAGGUAGCGGUCCUGCUGCUGGGUUGUUGCCCUCCUACGGCCUCCUCCACGUCUCCUGAUGUACUGGCCUGUCUCCUGGUAGCGCCUCCAUGCUCUGGACACUACGCUGACAGACACAGCAAACCUUCUUGCCACAGCUCGCAUUGAUGUGCCAUCCUGGAUGAGCUGCACUACCUGAGCCACUUGUGUGGGUUGUAGACUCCGUCUCAUGCUACCACUAGAGUGAAAGCACCGCCAGCAUUCAAAAGUGACCAAAACAUCAGCCAGGAAGCAUAGGAACUGAGAAGUGGUCUGUGGUCACCACCUGCAGAACCACUCCUUUAUUGACUUGAAGUUACAAAGUGUUCCCUUUAUUUUUUUGAGAAGUGUAUUUUAGAUUUUAGAUUCUUCAAAGUAGCCACCCUUUGCCUUGAUGACAGCUUUGCACACUCUUGGCAUUCUCUCAACCAGUUUCACCUGGAAUGAUUUUCCAACAGUCUUGAAUGAGUUCCCACAUAUACUGAGCACUUGUUGGCUGCUUUUCCUUCACUCUGUGGUCCAACUCAUCCCAAACCAUCUCAAUUGGGUUGAGGUCAGGUGAUUGGAGGCCAGGUCAUCUGAUGCAGCACUCCAUCACUCUCCUUCUUGGUCAAAUAGACUUUACACAGCCUGGAGGUGAGUUGGGUCAUUGUCCUGUUGAAAAACAAAUGAUAGUCCCACUAAGCGCAUACCAGAUGGGAUGGCGUAUCGCUGCUGAAUGCUGUGGUAGCCAUGCUGGUUAAGUGUGCCUUGAAUUCUAAAUAAAUCACAGACAGUGUCACCAGCAAAACACCCCCACACCAUCACACCUCCUCCUCCAUGCUUCACGGUGGGAACCACACAUGCGGAGAUAAUCCGUUCAUCUGCUCUGCGUCUCACAAAGACAUGGCGGUUGGAACCAAAAAUCUCGAAUUUGGACUCAUCAAACCAAAGGACAGAUUUCCACCGGUCUAAUGUCCAUUGCUUGUGUUUGUUGGACCAAGUAAGUCUCUUCUUCUUAUUGGUGUCCUUUAGUAGUGGUUUCUUUGCUGGAAUUCAACCAUGAAGGCCUGAUUCACACAGUCUCCUCUGCAGCAGAGGGAACUCUGGGUCUUCCGUUCCUGUGGUGGUCCUCAUGAGAGCCAGUUUCAUCAUAGCGCUUGAUGGUUUUUGCGACUGCACUUGAAGAAACUUUCAAAGUUCUUGAAAUGUUCCAUAUUGACUGACCUUCAUGUCUUAAAGUAAUGAUGGACUGUCAUUUCUGUUUGCUUAUUUGAGCUGUUCUUGCCAUAAUAUGGACUUGGUCUUUUACCAAAUAGGGCUAUCUUCUGUAUACCACCCCUACCUUGUCACAACACAACUGAUUGGCUCAAACGCAUUAAGAAGGAAAGAAAUUCCACAAAUUAACUUUUAACAAGGCACACCUGUUAAUUGAAAUGCAUUCCAGGUGACUACCUCAUGAAGCUAGUUGAGAGAAUGCCAAGAGUGUGCAAAGCUGUCAUCAAGGCAAUACAUUUUAAUUUGUUUAACACUUUUUUGGUUACUACAUGAUUCCAUAUUUGUUAUUCCAUAGUUUUGAUGUCUUCACUAUUAUUCUACAAUGUAGAAAAGAGUAAAAAAUAAAAACCCUGGAAUGAGUAGGUGUGUCCAAUCUUUUGACUGGUACUGUAUGUCCUUUUCACUGACCUCUCUCUGGCCAUCCACCUUACAGCAUGAUGACCGUGAGGAUGAGAAGACAUGGCUGGAGAGCUGUGGCCGAGGAGCCUUCCCCCACAGCAGGGGUCGCUUCAUCUACCGCAAGGGCGGCAGCAGCCCCAACAAGUGGACUCAUGACAUGUUCCACACUGGGGAGGAGGGGGCCGAGCACAGGGAGGAGCACCACACCGAGAUGGACCAGAAAGACGACAACCAGGCCGCCGGAGAUCCCUCCGCUUCCUCCAAACUGUAG